AUGGCUGCUAGACUUAUCGAGAGCAAAUCUCAUGUUGUUCCUGGCAAGCUGAAAAUAACGGAAUUGUUCUUCGAUGUUCCCCUGAACUACUCAAGCAGCUCUUCUGAGACUAUACGUCUAUUCGGGAGAAGUGUUACCAAACAUGAACCAACAAUUGCUGCUUUGAGUGACGAAGAACUUCGCAAGAAGUCGCAAAAGCCAUGGUUUGUCUAUCUCCAAGGCGGUCCCGGCUUUGGAUGCAGCGCCCCUCAAUCGAUGGCCGUGACAAAUCUUGUCCUCGAGCAGGGCUACCAGAUGCUCUAUCUGGACCAGCGAGGCACCGGUCUCAGUUCCACCAUCACUGCUGCUACCCUCGCCACAAAGGGAGAUUCGCACCAACAAGCAGAUUAUCUGAAGGCAUUCAGGGCUGACAGCAUCGUUCAAGACUGUGAAGCAGUCCGCAAGAAUCUCACUGCUGAUUAUCCCCCUGAGCUAAAAAAAUGGUCCAUCUUUGGCCAGAGUUUUGGUGGGUUCUGUGCUGUUACCUAUCUUUCACAGUUUCCACAAGGACUGAGGGAGGUUUUUACUUCCGGUGGCAUUCCACCCGUUGGAAAAUCACCAGAAGAGGUCUACAAAGCAACCUUCGCUCAGUUAACCAAGCGAAACCAGGCGUAUUAUCAAAAAUUCCCAGAGGAUAUUGAAGCCGUACACGACUUGGCAAUAUAUAUUAAGUCUCAGAAUGGGCUAAGCCUACCAGGGGGGGGCACCUUAACUGUUCGAAGAUUCUUGAUGCUUGGAAUACUUCUCGGCGGCCAUGGUGGCAUGGACACCCUACAUGGCAUCAUUAUGCGAAUGCGAUCGGAUCUUUUACAAUUCAGCUUCUUUACUCGCCCAACUCUAUCAAUCGUCGAAAGCCUUGUUGGAUUUGAUGACAACAUUAUCUAUGCUAUUCUUCAUGAGUCGAUCUAUUGCGAAGGUCGAGCUUCAGACUGGGCUGCUUACCGCGUGGGUCACUCUCUUCCCGAGUAUCACUGGAUCUCAUCCGCACCGUCAAGCCCCGCAACGGUGCGCCAAAAUCAACUCCAUUUCUCAGGCGAGAUGAUCUAUCCCUUCACAUUCGAGACGUACCCGGAGCUUGCGAAGCUGAAGAAUGUUGCGCAGCUCAUCGCCGAUUAUGAUGGAUGGCCAGUUCUAUACGAUGAUUGGCAGUUGGCUCGGAAUGAGGUACCGGUUUAUGCGGCGACAUUCGUCGACGACAUGUAUGUCGACUUCGGGCUUGUUCAAGAAACAGCAGCGAAGAUCAAGAACUGCAAACAGUUUAUCACAAACGCCAUGUACCACGAUGCUAUAAGAAGCAAACCCGAGGAGGUGGUGAAGGCUUUGUUUGCACUGAGAAACGACCACAUAGAUUAG